CACAGACAGUGGUGGUGUUGGUGACCUUUCUAUUCGGUACCAUGGCAUCUCUGAAAAACGCAGCCGUUUUGGCGAGAUCGUUCAGCAGUAGCAGCCAAAAUCUGCAGCUCGUCAAGCCACGCAUCGCCAUUUUCGGCAUCGAAGGUCGUUACGCCAAUGCGCUGUACUCCGCAGCUUCCAAGCAGAAGAAACUCGAUGCAGUGGAGAAAGAUCUCCUCAAAUUCCAAGCUGCCGUCAGAUCGGACAAAAGCUUGGCCGACUUCAUCUACAAUCCUCUGGUCAACAAGGCUCUGAAACGAGAUGCCAUCGCGAACGGCUUGAAGAAACUCAACUACAACGAUGUCUCGGUGAACUUGUUCGGAGCUCUCGCUGAGAACGGCCGAAUGAAAUACCUUGAUCAAGUCAUCGACGCCUACGGCAGACUAAUGUCCGCGGAACGUGGAGAAGUCCUCUGUGAAGUCGUCACCGCGAAACCCCUCGACGCAGCUGCUGUGAAGGAGCUUGAGAGUGCCCUCGCCGGCUUCGCGAAGACAGGCGAGAAAAUCAUACUCACCAAGAAGGUCGAUCCAGGCAUCAUGGGAGGCAUGAUCGUUUCUGUCGGAGACCGCUUCGUUGACAUGUCCAUCGCCUCGAAGAUCAAGCAGUACACGAAGGUACUCAAGGAUGUCGCUUAGUUUUAGAAAUUAUUUUGAGAAAGGAAUUCGUCGAAUGCAGCGUUCAUCUUUGUCCUGUGUGGUAGCGAAGAAGCGGGAAUAAACUUUUGAGACGGAAAA